GCCUGUGUAUAUUCCUUACUGCAGCCGUCAAUCAGGGACUAAGUGGCUGCCGCAAGUUUCCUGUGGGUUAGCGGUAAGUAGUGCGAUGCGCGGCGGACGGAUACAAGGCCCCGCCUUCCCAGCUCAUCAACAUGUGCGAUAUGCCAAGAUGGUGACCGAGAGAAGAAAGAUGUUGGAAAUGGCUUGAAAUUCACCGACGAUUUCUGCUUCAUCUUUAGGCUAUGCAUGAACGCUGUUUAGGGAAAGGAAAAGGAGAUUAUAAACUGUUGGUUGUAUAUUAUAGACUGGCAAGAUGGGGAGCUGGUUUGGAGUAAACUGUAGAGAAUUUCUGUAUUUAUUCCUGAUCGUUUUGAUCGUCGUGGAUCUGGCAGUAGCGGCGCCUCAGUGCACUGGUUGUUCAGACACAUGUAUUUGUAAAGGAACAAAAGGACAAAAGGGUGAGGUGGGGAUCCCAGGCCUGAGAGGUUCACAGGGAUUGCCAGGAAUCAUGGGACCUGAGGGGCGACCAGGACCCCGGGGAAUGAGAGGAGACCCAGGAGAAGAUGGAGCCAUGGGACCCAAGGGAUUAAGGGGAGACAUGGGUAUGCCAGGAUUCACUGGUGUUCCAGGAACUCCGGGUCUGCAAGGUUUGGAUGGACCAGUAGGAGAGCCGGGUUAUCCAGGGUGCAAUGGAACCAAGGGAGAGCCAGGUCUGCCAGGGUUUAAAGGUCAGCCAGGCCAGCAGGGUCCCAGGGGUAUACCAGGAGUGGAUGGACCAAAGGGAGAGCAAGGAGAGGUGACAAUCCUGGGCACAGGGCAGGGACUCCGGGGUGACAGAGGAGUAGACGGAAAACCAGGACAGAGGGGACUGCCUGGUAUUCCUGGAUACAAUGGAGAGAAGGGACCCAGAGGAGAGGCAGGUUUUCAGGGGCCACCUGGUGUACCAGGAGAGUAUGGUCCAAAAGGAAUUAUGGGAAAAGAUGGGGAAGGAAUAGAUGGAGAUCCGGGUCCUCCAGGUCCCCAGGGUCCCAAGGGUAUCGCUGGGUCUGCAGGAAUUGACAAGCCUCCAGAGUUGGUCCAGGGACCGAAAGGAGACCAAGGGAUGAAGGGAGACAGGGGUGAGAGGGGGUUCAAUGGAUCGCCAGGACAACCAGGGAGAAACGGUAUUCCAGGCCUGCCAGGACCUAAAGGGGAGAAGGGAAUGUUUGGGCCAUCAGGACGCAGAGGUAAGCGUGGCAAGCAGGGACCCCUUGGCCCUACAGGAGCUAAAGGAAUGAAAGGAGCCACAGGUUUUGAUGGUAUUCCUGGACGUGAUGGCUUCUCUGGUAGGAGAGGAGACCCAGGGUUCAGGGGUCCAGAUGGCCCCCAGGGAGACCCAGGCAGGCGAGGUUCAGAUAGUCCUGGCCCAGGAGGUCCCGGGCCAAUAGGCAGACAAGGGUUGCCUGGGAUACCGGGUGGUCCAGGAAUUCCUGGUGCCCCAGGCCUUCAAGGCAGAGAUGGACCCAAGGGUUACCGUGGAGACCCGGGAAGGGAUGGACUCCCAGGACCAAGAGGAAGUACUGGGUACUCCAUGAAGGGUGAAAUUGGACCAGCAGGACCCCCGGGUUUCGAUGGUAUCCCAGGGGACCGUGGACUGCCAGGUUUACAGGGUUUGCCAGGCGAGAAAGGCGAGGAAGGCCAGACAGUAGAGGGGCCCCCUGGGUUUACAGGACUCCCGGGGCGGUCUGGGCGAGGUGGACCCCCUGGGGAUCUUGGUGAGAUAGGGUUUGUAGGAGACCCUGGUCUACCCUGGACGGGACCAAUAUUUCCUGGACCAAAAGGUUUCCCAGGACCCCCUGGACAGAAGGGUGACCCUGGGUUCCAGGGAAGGGAUGGCCAGAGGGGACUGGAUGGAUUAAAAGGGCCAGAGGGAGAUGACUGUGGCCAGUGUCCACCUGGAGGGAAAGGAGAGCCUGGAGAGCAGGGAAGAGAAGGUGCUAAUGGCAUCCCAGGUCCUCCUGGUUUUACUGGCCCACCUGGUUUCCCAGGCCCGAAAGGAAACCCAGGUCGGCCAGGUGCCCGAGGUCUGCCAGGACAACAGGGACGUAAUGGGUUUGAGGGCCUACCCGGGCUGAAGGGAGAGCGAGGGGAACUGAUCAUUCCACGGCCAGUUCCUGGAUUAAAAGGCCAGCCAGGAGACCAGGGUUUCCAGGGAUUGCCAGGGUUGCCGGGACGACCAGGCGGGAAUGGUGAUGUUGGGUUGCCUGGGUUACCUGGGGAAAAAGGAAUGAAGGGGGCAGUAGGUCGUCCAGGGUUAAAUGGCCAAGAUGGUCCCAAAGGCUCCCCAGGGCAGCCUGGCCUGAGAGGGGCUCCUGGUGAAGACGUGCAAGGUUUUGUAGGUCAGCGCGGUGAUGAUGGUUUUCCUGGGCCUCCUGGAGACCCUGGUUUGAAUGGAUUUCCAGGUGAUAAAGGAGAUGCUGCUCCAUCAGUGGUAUUGGAAAGGUACAGAGGAGAUGCAGGCCCCCCUGGGUCCAGGGGAGAAUCUGGACUUGAUGGGGCCACAGGAAUACCAGGCUUGCCUGGAAUCAAAGGUCAACCUGGAGAGUCAGGAUUCCCUGGGCUCCGUGGCAGGGAAGGCGAUAACGGUCUCCGGGGACCACCAGGUCAAAGGGGCACUCCUGGAGCCAAGGGGUUCCCUGGAAUGCCUGGAGGAAAUGGCAUCCCAGGUCUGCCAGGUCCUUUUGGUGAGAGAGGAGACCCUGGUCCUGAUGGCAACAGAGGACCACGGGGUGAACCUGGCAGGGCAGUUGGCACAGGAUAUGGGCAGAAAGGAGAACCAGGUUUUGAUGGGUUUAAGGGCGAGCGUGGUAUCUCAGGAAGAGAUGGACCCAAGGGUUUGGCGGGACGGCCAGGGGAUGUGGGAUUGAAGGGGAUGAAAGGAGAAAAUGGAUUGCCAGGUCUUCCAGGAAUUGGCCUGAAGGGGGCGCCAGGAGAGAAUGGUUUACCAGGAAGGAGGGGGGACAAUGGAACACCCGGACGUGAUGGCUUCCCAGGCAUACCCGGAACCAAGGGAGCCCCAGGAUCAGAUGGUCUGGGUGGCAUCCCUGGCAGAGAUGGAGAGAAGGGUGAGGCAGGUAACGAGGGACCCUCAGGACCCAGGGGAGACCAGGGUCUACCAGGCAGGGAUGGGAACCCAGGGUUCGAUGGUCUCCCCGGACGCCCUGGCCCCAAGGGAGAGAUGGGAGAAGAGGGGAACAAGGGACCUGAUGGGAAGCAAGGAGAGCCCGGAUUGCCUGGGCUGCCUGGAGAUCAAGGUUUACCAGGAGAUGAGGGUCUACCAGGACCCCAGGGAUCACGAGGAGGCCCAGGGAAGAAGGGAGAGAGGGGCAGAAGGGGGCUUCCAGGAAAGAAUGGCCGUCCUGGAAACCCUGGGACCUCUGGACUCCCCGGGGAUAGAGGAGAUCCAGGAUUAAAUGGUGCCAAGGGCCAGGCUGGGUUCCCAGGUUUGGACGGAGGUCCAGGGUUCCAAGGAGAGAAGGGUGAUAUUGGUCCAGGAAUACCUGGCCAGCAAGGACCCAAGGGCUUCAUUGGGCGGAGUGGAAACCCAGGUCGUCAAGGUUCCCCUGGUAGAAAGGGAGAGAUGGGACAGAUGGGUCUUCCAGGUCCUGAUGGUCCCCGGGGUGAGAACGGUAUCCAGGGAGAUAGAGGUUUCCCUGGGUUAGAUGGCAGGCCUGGUGCUAAAGGGGAGGCAGGAGAAGAUGGAAGUCAAGGCCUGAUAGGAUUCCCUGGGGACAGGGGUAACCCAGGACCUGCAGGUCUGGAUGGUCUUCCAGGACCUGGUGGUGACAGGGGCCUGGAUGGACUCCCUGGGGCCAGAGGCAGGAAGGGGACCAGAGGCAAGGAUGGGGACAGAGGGUUUGAUGGAUUCCCGGGCAACGUUGGGCCCAAGGGUGAUACAGGAUUUGCAGGCAGGGAGGGGUUGCCAGGGCAACCUGGAUUAAGAGGAGAAGAUGGAUUCCCUGGAGGGAGUGGACAGAAGGGUGACCGUGGGGAGGAUGGAAGACCAGGAUCUCCUGGAGCAAAUGGCCAGAGUGGAGAAAAAGGCUCAAGAGGUUUCCCAGGAAGCAAAGGUUUUCCAGGAUUAGAUGCCCCUCCAGGCCAGCGUGGUGCGUCAGGAGAGCCAGGAAUCCCCGGAGCCCCAGGUUUGCCAGGCUCCCAGGGACCCCAGGGGCUGCCUGGAUUUAAUGGAGCCCCAGGGCUGAAAGGGUUGGAUGGAGAGCCAGGGAGAAGCUUUCCAGGAAGCAAAGGAUUUCCAGGAAACCCAGGUCCUGAUGGAUUCAAUGGAUUGCCUGGCAGGAAGGGGGACCGAGGGAGAGAUGGUAAUCGGGGUCUUCCAGGGAUGAAGGGAGAGGAGGGACUCAGGGGACCCCAGGGAAACGAUGGACUUAGAGGGAACCCAGGGGAACAGGGGAGAGAUGGCGUACCUGGUUUUCAAGGUGCUCCAGGUAGCAAAGGUUUCCGUGGCAACCCUGGUCUGCCAGGCCUGGAUGGUGAUCUAGGUCGCCGUGGAGACCCUGGAACUCCAGGGUUUGACGGACAGCCAGGAAUUGAUGGUGUUAGAGGUCCAAAGGGAGAAGUGGGAGAGCCUGCGCCUCAGUUUAGCAGGGUUGGACCCAAGGGUUUCCCUGGAGACCCCGGACCAAACGGAUUCCCAGGACUCAAGGGACAGCCUGGAGAUGUGGGGCCCAAUGGUUUCCCUGGUCUUCCGGGCAUGCCAGGCACAAAGGGCUUCAGAGGUGAAGAUGGUCCCAAUGGCCUUGAUGGUCGUCCUGGAAACCAAGGCUCAAGGGGAUUGGAUGGAGUUGGCGGUUUCCCUGGUAACAGAGGUUCCAUUGGCCCACCUGGGAUGAUAGGGAAUCCAGGGCUGCCUGGGGGUAAUCCAGGCUUCCUGCUCACAAGACAUAGCCAAAGUACAGCAAUUCCAGAUUGUCCAUUUGGGUUGAGAAAAAUGUGGGAUGGUUACUCCCUGUUGUUUGUCCAAGGUAAUGGCAGGGCCACAGGACAAGAUCUAGGCUCAGGAGGCAGUUGUCUGCGCCGUUUCAGUACCAUGCCAUUCAUGUUUUGUAACCUGAACAACGUGUGCAACGUGGCUUCAAGAAAUGACUACAGUUACUGGCUGUCAACACCAGAGCCCAUGACACCCAUGAUGAACCCAGUCAGAGGGGGACAGAUACAGCCAUUUAUUAGCAGGUGUACAGUUUGUGAGGCUCCCUCUCUGGUGAUGGCUGUUCAUAGUCAGAGCUUCCAGGUGCCCAACUGCCCCAGAGGAUGGAAGGGGCUCUGGAUUGGAUACAGCUUUGCUAUGCAAGCAGCAGCAGGAGCAGAGGGGUCAGGCCAGGCUCUCCAGUCUCCAGGCUCAUGUUUAGAAGACUUCAGAUACACCCCUUUUAUAGAAUGCCAUGGAAAAGGCACAUGCAAUUACUAUGCCACAGACCUUAGCUUCUGGCUGGCUGCAGUGAGCGAGAGAGACAAUUUCAGGCGGCCUAUACCAGAGACAAUUAAAGCUGGAGAUUUGAAAAAUAAAGUCAGCCGUUGCCAAGUGUGUAUGCGGGUGGUUAGAUAGAAUAAUUUCGCUCUUCUUCCUGGUAGAAUGAUAAUGAUAAUAAUAUUGAUAAAAGGGGAAAUUUGCAAGAUAGUUUUUCAUGUAAAACAUCUGAUCAAGUGAACAUGUAACAUAAAUGAACACUUAGCAUAAGCUUACUUUUAUAUGUAUCUUAUCAUCAGUUUUUUGCAUUCUGAGAAUUCAAAGUAGUAUAGUUUUACCAGUAACAUAACAUUGAUUCUGUAAUGUAAAUUAAUUUUUUGCCAUUUGGGUGUAUACUAAAGAAUGAUAUACAUAUCUAGACACACUUCCAGAUAAAGUUGACCUAAAUCAGUUACUAAAAAAAUUGCUUCAUGUAUGUGUAUAUAAUAUGCUGAACAAGACAAGUUUUUUUUUACAAAAUUGGACUGCCCUCAGUUUUCUAGGAGAAGUCUGAAUUUAUAAUUUUUCAUGUAGGAACAUGUAUGCAUGUAUACGCAUAUAUAGAUGAUCCAGUUAGAACUUACUUAUUGCUGAAUGGUGAAUUUUACUUUAUCACUUUUAGAUUAACACUCAGUCUGAUAAUAUUUGCCUAUACCUCUUUUAAAGUCCAAGCAAUAACCAUAUUUUGACAGUAUAUGCUCAAAAAAGUUUUGUCUUGAUUUUAAGUAGUCUUGAUUUUAAGUAGUCAAAGAAAUAUUUAAUAAUGUUAUGUGAUUAAACAGCCAGUCACUGCCAGAGUCAAACUUAUUAAAAUUAUUUCUGAUCUUUUUGCCAAAAUGUUUGAUGAUCAUUGUACAUUUCAAACUUGCAUAUAUGUAAAAUAUUCUUAUGUAAUUAUAUAGCUUGCGGUUUAAUAUAUCUAUAUAGUUUUUUUUUUCUUUUAUGUUAUGUACAUGUAGAUGAGGAUUGAAAUGUAAUCAUUGUAUUUUACUAUGGGACUUAAUGUCUUACACCAGGAUAAGUAAGACUGGAUAAGGGUUUCACCAGUUCAGUCAGGCAGGUCAGUAUAUGUGGCCUGGACUUUGCUUAUUAGAAACAAGUGAUAAUCAUGUAGUGAUGAAGUCUUCACAUUUGAAGGUAUUCACAAACUCUUCAAGGCAAUGGCUAAAGGGUGGCAGUGAAAAUGCAAUUCACAACAGAUAUUUUGUCCAAUAUCUUUUUCCUGUCACUUUAGGUCUUUGUUAACAUGGCACGUAGCUCAACCCCCAAAGUCAGACUCCUGUUGAUUUCUGAAAACACGUUUCUGAAAACUGUAAUGUACUUUAAUUUAUGAACUUCUGGUUCUUGUUAUAAUGUUCACGGUUCCAUAUUGUGCAAGAUCUUUGUUUUAUAUAAAAGACACCAGCUACAACUUGGUGUGGUUAUACACCAUGUAUUACAGCCUGGGUAAAAUGUCAGUGUCUUCCUGCUCAAUUAUCAAAGUGGUUGAAAAGUUUAAUGGGUUUUGGUUUUGUUUAAUCUGCACCUUACAGCCAUUCCCAGUUCCCACUGCUUAGCAAUAUCAGGUGACUGUUACCGAAUAAGCCAGUCUUGUCAGAAAAUAAAUGUGUCCAACAGUUUAA